AUGUGGGAGUUCCAUAAAGACGUGUAUACAUUAUUUGUGGAUUUCAAGAAAGCCUACGACUCUAUCCACAGGGAAAGCUUAAUCAAUAUUCUUAGGAAAUUUAAGUUUCCAAAAAAGCUAGUUAAUCUUGUAGAGGCAAGUAUAAAUGGAACAAAGAUUAAAGUAAAGCUAGCAAAUACGUUGUCACAGCCAGUGGAAGUGGUGACAGGCUUAAGACAAGGAGAUGCGCUUUCUCCUGUACUAUUUAACUUAGUGUUGGGGAAGAUAGUAAGAGAAAUCAAUUUAUGUGAAGGGGUUGAGUUAGGUCGAUCGACAAUUAAUAUUCUGGUAUAUGCGGAUGAUAUCUCUCUAUUGGGAAGGAGUAGAGAUGAUAAUAAAAAUGGUAAAAUCACUUAUAAAGGCUGCGGAGAAAGUAGGACUAAGGAUUAAUGAAGAAAAAACAGAGUACAUGGUGGUCAGUCGGAGAAAUGGGAAUCAGGUACAAAAAUAAUUCAUUGAAGUGGAAGAAUACAAAUUUAAAAGAAUGGACCAAUUCAAAUACUUUCAAAAGAAAAGGGUCAAUUAUAACUCAAGAUAACGACAUUAAAACAGAAAUUUCAAUGAGAUUACAAUCAGCUAAUAAAUGUUUCUUUGGACUUAGUAAAAUUUUUAGAUCAAGAGCAAUCUCUAAGAAUUUAAAAGUUAGAAUGUACUUAACUUUGCUAAGGCCAAUUGUCCUGUACGGAGCAGAAACAUGGCCUCUGAGAAAGACUGAAGAACGAAGAAUUGCAGUAUUUGAGAGAAAAGUACUCAGGAGAAUUUAUGGGGCAUACUUUGAUGUUCUCACAAAUGAAUGGAGGAAAUUACACAAUGAAGAACUGCAAUCCCUUUUUCAACGACCGGAUAUACUGAAAGAGAUAAAAAAAAGAAGGCUAGUUUGGGCUGGACAUGCCUGGAGGAAACAUGACUCAUUAAUAAGAAGAGUAAUAGAGAAAAACCCAGUAGGGAGGAGACCUCUUGGAAGACCGCGUCUAAGAUGGGAGGAUUGCGUUAGGAGAGACACUGAAACAGUGGAGCCGGAGUGUCAUUGGCAAGAAGUAGCAGAGGAUAGGGAUAGGUGGCAGUAUGUUUAUCUAGAGGUAUGGUCUUGAAUGGCCGAAACCAAGAAAGAAGAAGAAGAAGGUNAAAAAAAAAAAAAAAAAAAAAAAAAUGUUGAACUGAAGCUAACUGACGUAUAUUUAAAUUUUAAUCGAAAUGAAAACAUUGAAAUAAAAAAUAUUUUUGAUCAAACCGCUUGCGAAAGGCUGCUUAAAAUAAAAGUAUUUUGGACUUGGUCAUCUAAAUUUUAUUAUUAUUAUUAUUACUUUUGUUCUUCAUAUUAUCAUUAUUUUAAUUAUUAUUUAUUUAAUUGGAAAAAAAUAAAUUUAACUCUUAAAUUGUACUGUUUUACUGCAUUUGUACAAUAUAUCUACAGUUUUCUAAGCUAAUAUAAGUUGAAACUACAUCAGAAAUAACGGUUUUAAGUGGUGAAUUAGUAGUGAAAGCAGUGAUAUUCAAGAGUAAAAAUUGUUCGCUUCCCCUCUUCAUAAAAUUGACCCGAAUACGCCCCUGAGUAAUACUAUUAACCGAUCUCCGCUCAGAAUCGUUUUUUGUUAGUAAUGCUUAAAUUUACUUAGAUACAGAUAUAUAUUAAAUUUCCCUCAAUAUCUCUUCUAUUCUUCUCCAAAUUCUCUUCUAUAACAGUGGCCCACCCAUCGUGCGAAGUAUGUCCGUCUUUUUUUUUAUCAAUCAUUAAUAUUAAAUUUAAUUAUUUCGUCUAGCCCUCCAUCCUCCCAUAUCUAAGGUCUGGAGACGCCCCUGAUGCGAAAUGGAAUAAAAGAAAAACAAAUGUUCCCCAUACUGCUGUUAGAUUUUUUUCCAAAUAUCAAAAUCCUCUUACAAUUAUUGGCUACGCUCCCAGUAUUAACAGCAACUGCUGAAAGGUUAUUCUCUAACUUAAGGAGAUUAAAAAAUUACAUGCGCAUAACAAUGACCGAGGCUAGGCCGAACGGCUUAGUUUUAUGAAAUGUUCAUACAGACAUAUAGAUUGACUUAGUUAUAAAUGAAUUUUCUAUAAAAAAAAAUAAUAAUAAAGAGGACCGGUAAAUUUAAAUUAUAAAUGUAAACUAUUCAAAUUUCAAAACUCAUACUGCAUUGUAUUAUGUAACUACAUAUGAAAAAUAAAAAUAAAAUGAUUAUUUAUCUUUAGGUACAAUUAUGUAUCUUAAUUAAUAAUUAUAUGCCGAACUGUUUAUGUAAUACAUCCAAAUAAAAUGCACAUUGCAAGACUAAUUUUCUUCAGCUGUUUAAACUUCAAAUUAUUAAUUUUUUUUCAUAAUAACUAAUAAGUAGGUACCUUAGGACCAUUAUACGUAAACUAGUACCCACCAUAAAAAAAAUCUUAGAUCCGCCUCUGUUUUGACGGUAAUCUAAAAUUUUAACUUUUUUGCGAAGCGAUAACCGCUUGAGUACCUACGUUUUAACGAACUUAUCGCGUCGAAAACUGUCACUAAUUACCGAAUUACAAAAAUACGAAAUGCGCAAAACAUUAGUCAUUAAAAUAUUGAUACUUUCGUCAUACUUUAUGGUCGUUAUCCAUCGUAAUCUUAUCUUAUCGUCCCAUAACGACUUAAAUAAACGAGUUCGUUAUCGUUAUAUAACUUCUAUUAGCGAGAGCUCAUUUCUCUACUGUCGUUUUGACAUAAUUUUUAAAUUAAUAUUAAAAUAAUUAUCCGUUAUCCGGAAGUUUUCCCAUUGAAAUGCAAUGAAAAUUUCCCCGUUCCAAAAAAAUUGUCCGCUAUUGGAAGGUGUCCGUUGGGGAGGUUUAAUUGCAUAUUUACAUACAGGUAUAGGUAUACUUACCGUCACUACGCGUAUCUGGUUUCAAAGUUUUGACUCCGCCCCGUAAAGCUGUACACAUUUACUUUUGAAAGUCUUGUUUUGUUAAACUAUUUUGUUGACACUCGAAUAAUUUAAAUUUAUUGCGAGAAGAAAAGAACAAUAUGCGAGAAUAUAAUAUGUCGGUAUUAUCGUAACGGCUGUUCAACGGAAACUAUAAUUAGUAAUUACUAAGGUUUGAAGUUUCGAAUGUUUUGAUUGGUCUGAUGAUUAUUGAUAAGACUCUAACCGUGUCGAUACGUGUUUCGGCUACGGGAAAAUAUAUUGCUGUGAAACGUUAAGUAUCUAUACCUAAUUCAAGUUGUGAUAAAUUGUUGAUAACGUGAAUGCAAGUGAGCGAAUUUUAAAGUUUUCAGUUAUUUUUGCAUAUCCAAACAAUUUGUAUCCACACACACACACACACACACACGUUCGAAAAUUAUAAAUGCAAUGCUGCGGUUUUUACGGUUUUCAUCAAAAUUUGAAAUUAACAUUUAUAAAAAAAAUAUUGAAUAUUAAAUCAUGGUUUUUCCAUGUGCAUAUAUUUUUUUCUGUCUGUAAAUAAGUUUUCUACAAGAAAUUAUAGUGAUUUGAAAACAAAUGCAUUUUUUGUGCUCCUUGAGGCCCGCCGGGGUCAAUCGCUCGCUCGGACUGUUUUAAACGGAAAAAAAUCUCGAUUUGUUAAGCAAAACCACGUCGGGUUGGUGAUAGAAGGAAAAUAAAUGACAAAAAUAUGGUGGUAAACUGAUAUGUUGGCAAGGGCGUCCAUGAAGGGGAACACUUUAUUUUUUCAAUAAUGUAUUUAUUUUAUUGUUAACUUAUUAACUGCUAUAUAUAAGUUUAUGUAGCGUAAUAUUAUAUGACUAUUCCUAUUUCCUACAAUAAUACCUAUUUAACACAACUCAUAACUAUAAUAAAUAAAUGUAUAAUAGUCACGGAAAAGCCAAGGGAGGAUAUGUCCUCUCCUUGGCACUCCUUAAUGGACGCCCAUGUAUGUUGGCCUUUCCAGUGUUGAAACCCGAUACUUACCACAGGUUUCUCAUAUGCCACGAUAUAAAGAAGAAUAUUAAACGAAUGUAUGCUAUUUAACCAAAAUUGUAAAAUCAACAAACUUCAAAUGACUAUAACUUUGAAACUAAUGGUCUACGGCAAUUUUCAUGUGUACUGUCAUUUUCAUUGUUAAAAAGUACCUUAUACAUUAAAAAAAAAAAAAUUUUAAUUUAAUGUGCCCUAUAGAUUAGAAAUGAGUAUAAGUACCUACCCAAUUUAAUAUUCAAAAUAUACGCACGAUUAAUUAACUAAUUUUUACUAUAAGAUACUAAAAUUAAUUUACUAAUAUAAUAUCUAAAAUGCGUAUAAUGGUUGAAACUAACAUAUUUUAUCCAGUAUCUAUGUUCUUACUGCCUAAUAGAUUAUUAGAUCUGGCACAUUGGCCACUUACAUACAAAACAUGAGCACGCGUUAUCCAACAUGAAUAAAGGUAAUAUGGAUCUACACAAUUAUUUUGUGUCUUGUAACGACGAGUUAUGAUAAUCAUAUAAUAUAUUAUAGUAGAUAUUGUCUGUUGUUCGUAUGUCUGUGGUUUUAACUUUUGUACUCAAUCGACUUUUAAACAAAAAUCAAUUAAAUGUAAGUACCUAUCUAUGGGUUAAAUUUAUGAUCUAUGUCCUGUGAUGCAAAUACAACUUAUAAUCUGUGGAAGCACGUACCUAUAUUAUUUGUGUAUAACCUCCUUGCCGUCCGUGUGUAGUUUAACAUUUUAGGUUAAGUAGUACAAAAGUAUCCAAGAAAAUAAAAUAAAACAACACUAUAAAAUUACUCAAUCUGUGCUUUCUAAUUGUAAACUAAACAAUAAAAAUUGUAUGUUUUAUAUCGAAUCUUCAAAAUGGUAAGUGAUAUAUAAUAUAACAAUGUAACUAUUGUUUUAUAAAUAAUAUAAUUGCUGGUCACAGUUUUUCGAAUGUUUACUCUCGUUAAAAUAACGCCAAAAAACACUUGAUACCGUUAAGAUUGAGAAGUUGUCCUGUAAAAUAUCUAGAAGUCAAUUUUUUAUACAGGUAUUUUUCAAUAGGUAUACUCCAAUUUGCAAUUGGUACUUAAUAGGAAUUUUGGAGUUUAAUGAUAGUUCUGACCCAAACUUGUUCGGGGCGUGUGAUUGAUUGAUACUAUUUUUUUAAAUCUUUGUGUGGCUACACUUUUUGUAUAACCCGUUUAAGUGAUAUUCUUCUUUUAAAUUUGUCGUUUUAUGGGUUGGUAAGUAGAUAGAGAGUAACUCAGUAGUAAAGCACUACUUUUUAUUUAUUUGAAUUAAUCAAGAUAGGUGUGAUUUGUAUUAAUUAAUUUAUGUUUUAGCUUUGAUGCAUAACUGAGACAGUAUUGUUUUUACAAUGAAAUGUAUUUAUUUAGAUAUUUUCUAGUUGAACUAAAAUAUAUUUAAUAAUUAAUAUUUUAAUAUUAAUACAGAAUUGAAAUUCCAAUACAAUAUUAGGUGCCUACAUAUUACAUACAAGAAUUAAAAGUUAAUGAAUAUUAGCUGAAAUCUAUAUAGUGAAUAUUGAAUAAUAUUAUAAUAAAAGAAUAUUUAAUAUUAGAAUAAUAUUGCUUAGUUUAUAUGUAUUUGUAUGUUUUGGUCUUUAUAUAGUUUUAUCUGUGAUGUAUUUAUUAUAAAAUGUUUUAUACACGUAUAUAUAUCCAACGCUGAUAUUUAACUAUGAGAAAAAAGACUAAAAAUUAUAUCAGGCAUUGAAAAUAUAAGUAGGUUGAGACAGAAUUACUAACAAAAUAAAUAAGUACUUAUUAUAAUAUGUGAUAUUUUUAAUAAUAAAUAAUAAUAAAAUAAUACAAAUAACAUUAAAUAUUGAAAGUUUAAUAAUGAUCAAUAAAAUAUUAUUUCCUUAAAACUUUACCAUGGAUCAAAAUAUAUUUGUUAUAGGUAUCACAUUUCAUUAGUAAAUACAACUUUCAAAAAUUAUUGGUCAGUUUGUGAUAUUUGGGUAAUUUCAUUUUGUAUGAAAUUUUGUACUUCAAUCACAGUAGACAUAUUUAUUUAUUUCAAGUGUAUGGACUGUAAGUCCUAUUACAUUAUGGUAAUGUAAAGCACAAUUACAAAUUGCAUUAAAAAUAUUUUUAACUGAGAGAGAAAAAAAUUGAUCUUAAUUUACAAUUUAAAUAUACUAAAUUUAAGAACCACUAAUAAUAAUUAAGUACAAAUUUAUUACCUGCAAUCAUUAGAAGAUUGGCAGGGUAAUUCAUGAUAUAGUUCUUAUUGGAAAACAUUUAUCAAAACAUUUACGAUCUUGUGUAUUGAUUGAUAGAAUUUAAUUUAAAACUGAUUAAAAAUAGGCAAUCAGUAUAACCUAUUAUUAAGUAAUGUUCAAAUUUAAAGAGUAAUAUCUAUAUAUUUUAACUCACAAAUAAGCCUAGGAAUAUUAAAUCUGUGAGAAAUGAAAUGUAAAAGAAUUAUUUUGUACUAACUUAAUAGUAUUGUUCUGUUUAACUGUAUUAAUAAUCAAAAUUAGAGGGCAAUAUUUGCGAUUUGAAUGAAAAAUAAGAGAGCAUUAAAGUGUGUUUUCAGUUAGGUCAUUAAAUAAUUGACAUGUUCUUCUUACAUUUCUUGAUAUUUAGAGAAUGACAAUUAUUUGUUGACCAUUAUUAUAUAUUAUAUAAUAGAAAAUUAUAAUUUGUAUAAUUUUUAAAAAAAAAAAACAUUUUUGUCAUUAAUAUUAUUUUGUAUGUUUACCUAUAAUAAAACAUUUGUUAUAAUUAUUGUUGGUUGCUCUAAAAAGUUUUUACAGUGUACCUAUUUAUUUUAAUACAUUUUUUUUUUAUGGACAAGUAUUUCUUACACUCAUAAUUAGUAUUUAAAUUCAUUAUUUUUUGAAGGAUUUAAUUAAAGGCAGUUGGGCGGAUGAGGUCGAGAACCAUAUUGAAAAGACAACAUUGCCAGAAACAAAAACUGAACACAUUGGAAACACUAAGAUUAUUACAGAAUAUCGAUGGAACAAAGAUAAUAAAAAGGAAAAAGUUGUACGUAUGUAUAAGAUAGAGAAACGUUUUGUGUCCAAGACAGUAGCAGAACGAAAAACAUGGCUUAAAUUUGGAGAUUCGCGUAACGAUAAGCCUGGGCCUAAUAUUGCAACUACCAUACCCGCUGAAGAAAUACUGAUGCAGUUCUUAUCAGGCAAAGAUGGUGAAAAUGUUGAAGAAAAUAUUUUAGACAGAUUAAAGAGUACAAAUAUGAAUAUUAAGUGUCGUACUUGUGGUGGUGAGCAUUGGUCUUUUUCAUGUCAUCUCAGAGACACUGGAUUAAUAGUUGAAGAUAAGAAACUAGUACAGGAGAAAGUGGCUGAACCAGAAAAGAAUACAAGUACCAACAGGUUUGAUUUAAAUUGUAUACAUUUAAAUAUUGUUUGUUUUAAUAUAUUUUAUUAAUUUUUAGACCAUAUAUUCCACCUUCAGCACGAGAAGGCGCUAUGGAUGUGGCAGGUAAACGAGAUCCAUACGCACGUACUUAUGAUGAUGUACCAGCUAUUCGUAUUGAAAAUUUAUCUGAGAGUACAUCUGAGACUGAUUUGAAUGAAUUGGUUUCGCAAUUUGGACCAAUUGCUAGAAUAUUCUUGGCUUCCAACAAGGUUACUGGAGAGUGUAGAGGUUAUGCGUUUGUUAAUUUCAAAUCCAAAAUGGAUGCCGAAAAAGCAAUCAAGUCUUUACAUGGCUACGGUUAUGAUCAUUUAAUAUUAAAUGUUGAUUGGUCAACAAACAGCUAUAAAAAUGCCUAA